CCGUGGCGCAUUGGGCACAAUGGAGCCGCACAUGAUCAUGCAGCGCAUCCUGGACAGGGAAUUCUACCGCAUUGAAGCUGCCCUGGACAAGAACUUCGAGUACCUCGACAGAAUGGACCGAGAGCGGGAAGACGCGCUUGCCAGAGCCCAAGUUCGUGCACACACGACAUGUGGUGGCAACAGCUCGCAAACCAAGAAAGAAAGGAGCGCAGGGGUGUACAUCACGGGCCUCUCAACGUAUACUGCGUGCAAACAGUUGGAAUCGCUUUGCCAUCGACUCGGUCGCGUCAAGCGCAUCAAAUUCUACAAGGAUGAGCGAGGAAGUCUCAAGGGCGAUGCCUUGGUCGUGUUUUUCACCGUUGCCAUGAUGGAUGCAGCCAUCGCCAAGUUGCACAAUUGUGAGGUCAGACCCGGCGUUCGCAUCACGGCCGCCCCCGCAGACUACAAACAAAAGAAGACUACUGCCACCGACACCAUGCCACCGGCGGAGGAUAUGACCAUCGCUCCUUCAACCGAGACGAACUUGGUCGAUGCAUUUUUGCAGGAAAUUCAUGACAGCCUCCAUGGAGGGCUUGGGGCGACGGCUUCUACUCCUGCCGUGUCGGCCGCCCCAACAUUCGUCCAUUCCACAGCAGACGUUCCACCACCGUCCGCUGCAGUGCCGCCGUCGCCGAUUGCACCAAUAGAGAAUGCGCUGGAUGAACCGUCGAGAUCCGUGGUGCUGCGAGGUGUCUUGGACGAAGUCGACGACCCUUCCGACAACACGACAUCAUCGGACGAGUACUUGGACGUCGAAGAAGACCUGCGCAUUGAGUGCUCCAACUUUGGCACUGUUGUUCAGGUAUCGAUCCGUCGGGAGUUGAAUGAAGUGGCCGUCGAGUUCGACGCGCUGGACAGCGCCAUUGCGUGCUUGAAAGCGAUGCACGGUCGAUGGUUUGGUGGGAGGCAGAUCCGCGCCACGUUUGAUCCUGCAAAACCCGAAGCGAACGUCGAUGACCCGGACUUGAUGUUGCAAGCGUUCUUGGCGUCGGUUUAGAUGGAGCGAUGUAACGUGGACAAGCUGCCGCGUGCAUUUUCCUUAAGAAAAGUACGCAUCGUAAAUGACGAACCGAUUGGGCUGGUCAACGAAAGUAUCGAGGCCAAAGUGUUUGCGCAUGAACGAAAAGAGCUUCGGGGAGGGUCGGUCGUAUGCAAGUUGAUGCGGUGCGAUCGAUUCCCUCUAUCGUGGAAU